CUUGACCUUCGAGACCAAGAACCCAGCGGAGCUUGCCGAGCGCCUGCGAGCCGUCUGCGGAAACCAGAGCAACGCUUACACCAGACUUUUGGAGUACCGUCUCAAUGCUCUGCGCGGACUAUGGGGGGCGCAGCGACAGCUGGCCCUGGAGGAGCAGCAGGAGCAUGACGGGGUCCUCCCAGGGAGCGCCGGAGGGGCCGACGAGGAGACGCUGGCCCUGCUUAAGCGACAGGGCUUCCUGCAGCCUCAACAUCACCACCAUCCUCACCACCCUCCGAUGGCCGCCGGCACCGAUCAGGCGCCGUUUACCUCACGCGUCGGCCUCCUGUUGGUCUUUCCACUACUGCAGUCGCAAACUCGGCACGACCCUGCGCUCUGCGGCGUCACCGCUGAGGUCCUGCUCGCGUGUCUGCGCGACUGCCAGCCGCUCAGCCUGGGCAAGGAGCCUGCAGACUGCCUUAAUGGCCUGGAGAGGUUGCUUUGCUCCUGGUUGGAGGAGAGGAGUGAGCCGGAGGAAACGGCACAGGCGAGACCACUGCUCACCCAACAGCAGAGGCAGAACGCAGCAGCUGCUCUAGUGGCUCUAUCAUGUGCAAGGGGUUCCCUCAAAACGUUCAUUCACACGGUCCACCUGCUGCAGAAACAGACAGACCUGGGUCAGCUUCCAGUGGCGGAUGUUCUCCAUAGACUGCUGCUUCUUGAGGGAGGUCCAGGCUCACCGUCCUGUCUGUUAGGGGCGAAACACAGUGUUUCGUGGGGCUUUGAGGACAUGCUGCCCACGCCAGAGAGCAGCGCCGCUGGAGCAGAGAGCAAAGACUCAGACCUGGGCCGCAGCCUGGCUACAGAUGGUUUCUAUCUCUACACGACAAACUCUUUUGGGAAGGGCUUAAGCAAGCUGGGCUCGGGGCAGCAUGGGACGCUGAGGGGUUUUGUGUACUGUCGGAACGAGGAACUGGAGGCGGGGUGGUUGGCACACAGCAGUGGCUUUUUGCUGCACCGUCCAGCUUCUUUUGACAUCAAACCUCAUCAGCUGUGCCACGUCAUCGACCCCUUCACACUGCAGGUUUCCCAAGUGGUAGCGAUGCCGCUUCAUCAUUUCCCAGUGGGCAGCAGCUUGACCAGCCUGCGUCUGUGUUCUGACGGUACCUUCCUCUACUGGGUUUGGUCACCUGUCAGCAUCAACGAGAAAACCCAGAAAGGCCACUCUGUCUUCAUGGAUGUCUUCCAGCUAACAACUGAGAUGGGUCUGUGUGUGGCCAGUCCUAUUCAGGAUCGGGUAAUCCUCUCGCGAAAGGAAGGCGAGUCAUCGAAGUGUUUGAAUGAGCUGCUCCUGAGCCGUAUGUCCCGCUUUCGUGCCUCACACUCGUCCACGCUGGCUGCUCUCACCGGCUCCGCCAUCACCAACCCCGUCAAAGAGGAGCAGUCGGUCAACACAAGCUGUGGUCUGUCUAUAAAAGCACUGAGGAAGACGCCGAUGUACGUGUGUGGGACGUAUCUGGUGAUGCUGACGCCCGCUCCAGGUGUAGCUGGGAGCUCGGCCACACGCUCGCUGUUCGGUGGCUCCAGUGGCCUUUCUUCCCUCAAGAUCUUGGCGUCUAGUUUGGUGUUUAACCUGGCCGACGGUCAGUUUAGCAGUCGUGCUGAUCUGGUCGAUGCUCCUGGAAGUUCUCUGGGGCGCGGAGCUCAGGUUGCAGGACUGGGGGCCUGUUAUGAUGCACUUAACAACUUGAUCUGGACGUGCUCCAGCGACUACAUGGACCAGUGGUGUAAUCCUGGGAAUCAGGCCUUCCAUCAUGUGUGCCAGCGACUGGGCGUCAGUCACGUCAUCAGUCAGCCUAAAGAAGAAAUGAUAGACACAUGCAAAGUGAUAAACCAGCUGCUCCAUCAUGUUGGCGCCAUGUGCAUCCAUCAGCUCAACCUGCUGGCAGCCAGCAGUAAUCUGCACCUGGGACCCUUCAUAGUAAAGCAGCCCAUGGAGGCCUGCCACUUCAGCUCCAUAUGUGAUGUUAUGGAGAAGGCCAUGGUUCACGGAGACACCUGCAUCAUCCGUUGCAUUCUGGUCGUCUUUCAGGUUGUGUUCCAGUUUUUUAAUCUAAAUGCAGAGCAGAACCGAGACUGUGUGAAGCGUUCUGGACUGUUGCUGUGGCAGUUACUCAUGGCUCCUCACGAUCAGAUAGAGCCGGAAAUACAAAGAGAAGUGUGUCUCGCCAUCAGCACCGACAGCGAGAGACUGUUUAUUGACAAAAAGCAAGAACUGCUUCUCUCCACUGUACCUGUAGCGUCACCAAGCUUGCGUUAUUUAAUGGCUGUGCAGAACCAUUUGCUCAGCAACACCAUCCUGCUCCACCCGGAUGACAUUGAUGAUAGUGACAGCUCCCUACAAGGGGAAACAAUGAAGGAGCUGCAGACUAGUAUCCUGUCACUAGCCUCUAAGAUCCUGGUUGGAUGUGACGAGGUUCUGGAGACGCUUCAGCAAGUUACCAGCUCCCUCAUCAACAGCAGCAUCAGCGAUCGAGAGGCCAGACUGAGAGGACUUGAACAGGUAACGAAGGCCACGAUGUUGGGUCACUUGCUGCCGGUCCUCUUGACGUCACUGAUGCACCCGAACCUACAAACCCUCACGCUAGCUGACGCUCUCAUGCCACAGCUAGUCCAACUGGUCCUGUAUACUAGUCAGACUGCUUUGCUGCUAAAGACACAUUCACCAUUAUUUGUUGAGGAUUCGCCGCUAAAUCAAAGCUUCAAUCCACCCUCGUUAAAUGACAGUUUCCAGAUUCUGGAAGAGAGAGAGGAGCCGGGCUUUCUGACCGGUCUGAAGAUCCCUGCCCCAUGGGCUGCUGGGAAAACAGUGGAAACCGCUCAUCCGGUGCGAGAUAACUACAAGUUUAAAGAAACAGUGCACAUCCCUGGAGCUCGGUGUCUCUACCUCCGCUUCGACCCUCGCUGCUCCUCACAAUACGACUAUGACAAGCUGGUGGUUUACGCCGGGCCAAACACGAAUAGUCGUAAAGUGAGCGAGUAUGGAGGAAACACCAUGGGUUACGGUAGCCGCAGUGUCUUGGGAACUGGAUGGCCCAAAGAUCUGGUCAAGGUGGAAGGAGAUACUGUUACGUUCUCUUUUGAGAUGAGAAGCGGACGCGAGCACAACACCCCAGAUAAAGCCAUGUGGGGUUUCUCAUGCACUGUCCGAGCACAGGAGUCGUCUGAGGAUGUGUCGGGUGGCCUGCCCUUCCUGGCUGAUCUAGCUCUGGGUUUAUCUGUGCUGGCCUGCGCCAUGUUACGCAUCCUCUAUAACGGCCCCGAUAUCACACGAGAGGAGGAGGCCUGCCACGACCUGCUCUGCUCCAAACUACUGCAGAGAGAGGUGAUGCGUCCUGAUGUGAUGGAGGAAGUGAUCGUGUCGUGUGUCGUAAAGCACCUGGGUCUGGUGGAUGCGCUGCAGUCGCUGGUGAACUUCCAGUACAGAGAGAUGCACAGAGAGGAGCACAACCUGCUCUGCAAAAUCAUGGCCGAGACCUUCAAGAAGAUCAAUGCAAUGGAGAGACAGUUACAGAGUGUAGCUGAACUGGAGCAGAAGUGGCAGAAUGAAGCAGAAGAAGCUCAGCAGGGCAAACUGGAGAACAACUCUCCCUUCUUCCACGACUAUCACUUCUUUGAGAACAAAAUGAAGGAGCUGGAGCUUCUGUGUUCACUGAAGGAGGUUCCUCUGGAUGGCGCAGAUCCAGAAAACGCUGUGAUGGCUUUAAGAGAGAAGUUCUUCCAUGAGGUGAACUCCAUGCAGCAGCAGAGAAGCGCCGUUCCUCUGGCUAAAACCAAAGCGUUGGUGAAGAGCCUGAUCAACCGCUCUGAGCUGCUGCUGCAUGUUACCAUCGCGCCACAGUGCAAGAGUCUGUCUACAACACCAGCAUGCACACCAGCCUGUAAGUCGGUGUCAGACACCAAAUCGAUGGUUCCCAUCGUGAAGCAGCCUGUGUUCCUGCGCAGUAUGUCCGCUCCCUCAGAUUUGGAAAUGAUUGCCAACAGUGAUGUGGAGUUCACACAUGGAGCACAAAGGAGGCGCCUCCAUCCAUCCAGUCACCGGAGCAGCUCUUUUACUCUGCUGCAGUCAUUGGCCAUUGAAGACAGCAAGGACAAGCCCACAUACAGCGUGCUGCUGGGACAGCUGUUCGCCUUCAUAGGAACCACUCCUGAUCAGACCGUGUCCAGCAGCAGCUUCUUGUCCGCGGCUCAGACAGAAAUGAUUCUGAGAUUUUCCGAAGUUGAGUACUAUCACACAAGCAAGAGUGCUGUUUUCCCGAAUAUCAGCACAGUGGAGGAACUGACCUGCGGUGGCAUGAUGGAGCAGGUCCAGGAGGCCUUUGGAGAGACCAUGACGUCAGUGGUGUCUCUCUGCGCCCGUUACCCAAUCGCCUGCGCCAACAGCAUCGGCCUGCUGUGCACCAUCCCCUACACCAGGAGUGAGGAGCAGUGUCUGGUGCGCAGCGGUCUGGUUCAGCUGAUGGACAGACUGUGCAGUCUCAGCAGUCAGAGAGACAGCAGCUCCAGUGAGAAACAAACCAAAAAACAGAAAGUAGCUACGAUGGCCUGGGCUGCUUUCCAGGUGCUCGCCAACCGCUGCAUCGAGUGGGAAAAAGUUGAAGGCGGCUCCACAGACGCAGUGCAUUCUGGGCUGGCACGACAGGUGUCUAGCCUGCUAACCAAUCACCUGGCUCGCGCAACAGACUGCUGCGGGAACCAAGCGGCGGGAAACGACGCCCUGCAGGAUGUGCUCAGUUUGCUCAACGAUCUUUCCAGGAGCCACAUUGGCAAAACCAUCCUGAGCCAGCCUGCCUGCGUGUCUAAACUGCUGUCUCUGCUCCUGGACCAGCGGCCCUCGCCCAAACUGGUGCUGAUCAUCCUGCAGCUGUGCCGCGCUGCGCUGCCGCUCAUGAGUGUGGAGGAUUGUGGGAAUGUAGCGCUGCCGUCCUGGAGCUAUGCGACGAAUGCGCUGGACGCAGAGCAGCAGGAGGCCAGUGAUCCUGCCUUCCGCAUCGCGUCGCUGCUGCUGGCCAAGCUGGCGGACUAUGUGGUGCCAGGUUGCCAGACGUUGCUCUCCCCCAGCGCCUCUGAGGCCGACACCAGUCUGACACGGGCCUGUCCGAAGAGCAGCGCUAAGACCGACAGAGACGCUAGCGAGGAGGGUGAAGCCGUGGAUGGCAAGCUGUCCAUUUUCAUCCAUAAAAGAGAAGACCAGUCGUCCCAUGAGGUGCUUCAGCCGUUACUCAGCAGCUCAGAGGGUCGUCCUUUCCGCCUCGGCACCGGAGCGAACAUGGAGAAGGUGGUGAAGAUGGAUCGGGACAUGACGAAGAGCGGCUGCUGUGAGGUGAUCAUGGAGGAGGCUUCGUCUGCUCUGCGGAAAGCCAAUAAGUGGGCUCAGUCUGGGCUUAUUGUUAGUGUGGGUCCUCCGAUAGAGAGCACAGGCCAGGAGAAUGCUGGGAUAUCCACCACAGGUGACAAGAAGAAAAGCGCCCAGUCUACAGUGUGCAGAGAGAGGAACGCUGAGCUGGCUCGCUCGGAUCCGGUGCGUCCCUUCAUCAGCGGUCACGUGGCGAACAGCAUGGCUGCGGAGGUCAUCGCUCUGCUGCACAGUCUCCUGACCGCACCUGAGUCCAACACGGCUCAAAUAUGGACCAGCACCGCAGAAAAGGUGUUGUCCAGGGCCUUGAUGUACAUCCCUCAGUUAGGCAAGCACGCUGAGAGUAUUCUGGAGAGCGGCAACAGCAGCGGCAGGAAGUUAGCCAAGCUGCAGGCCAUUGGUCGACAGGCCGUGGCGGCUCUCUGCGCGCUGGGAGGAUUCAAGGAGACCAUCAAGAUCGGUUCUGAAGUCCAGGUGGUGGGUAAAGGUGUGUUGGACAGUGUUGGUGUCGUCAUAUCCAUUAAUGAGCAGGAGGGAAUCGCCACAGUCAAGUUUCCUUCCUGCGAGUACCGGCGCACCUGCAAAGCGUCUGAUAUCCUCACCGUGCCUAUAUCCCGCCUCUGCACCCCUCGCUCUGAGGCUCUGCCGCUGCAUAAGCUGUCCAUCACAGAGAAGGUUGUUCAGGCCGUUCAGUCCAUGCUGCUGCCGCAGGAGGGCAGUCUGUCCAUCCACACGUCUCUGCCUGCGUCUGGAGACGGAUCCAGUCCUGUGAUGGCUGUGGUGCGUCUUCUGGCCGAGAUCAGAACCAGGGCGUGUUUGGUGAUGGCGCAGCUGCUGGAGGACAGCUCCUUCUGUGAGGAGUUUAUUCAGCAGUGUCCCGCAGCGGUGGAGGUGCUCAACCUGAUCGCUCAGGAGUGCAGUCCUGAUAAAUGUCCUAAGGAAAUCACGUGGUGCCCGUCGCGCGUCUUCCCUCCGGUUCGCGCCUGCAUGUUCUCCUCACACUUGACCUCCGUGACCUUUCUGGCCGAUCCGAGCGCAGGCGGAGGUCUUCCCAGAGGAACGUUCAUCUACGCCACUUCACCUGUGCCUGUCCAGGCUCCUUCCUUUUACUGGGAGAUCGAGGUUGUUUCUUUCGGAGACUCAGAGGAUGACAGCGGCCCUGUAGUUUCGUUUGGUUUCUCCCCGGAGGCCGAGAAGAGAGACGGCGCUUGGACCAGUCCUGUGGGCACCUGUCUAUUCCACAAUAAUGGGAGGGCGGUACACUAUAAUGGCUCCAGUUUGCUGCAGUGGAAGAGUGUGAGACUAGACGUGACUCUACUUCCUGGUGAUGUUGCAGGCAUCGGUUGGGAGCGUUUGGAAGGCACUCCUCCUCCCCCCGGCCAGCCUCCUAAAGGCAGAGUCUACUUCACCUACUGCGGUCAGCGUCUCGCUCCUUAUCUGGAGGACGUGGCCGGAGGCAUGUGGCCCGUGGUCCACAUUCAGAAGAAGAAUACGAAGAUUCACGCAAACUUCGGCUGCCGGUUGUUUGCGUACGCAGAGGGACAGGCUCACCGAAACGCCGCCGAUCUCUGCAUGGACCUCUCAGAGGAGAUCAGCGCCAACUUCGAGGCUCUGCCCUUCGCCAUGGCCUCCGACAGCGACAACGACGCCGGCACGAGCGUGGCGUCUGACUCAGGGUCUCACGGUCCCCCGUGUCGUAUCGCUGCGGUCGUCACAGCACAGCAGCGUCAGGAGCUGCUGCGCUGUGAAAGUGCUCUGGCGCGUCUCUACUGCCGCAUGGCAUUGCUCAACAUCUUUGCUCCCAAGAGCCCUCACACAUUCACACGUCUCUUCCACAUCCCCGCCGUGCGCGACAUCACACUUGAGCACCUGCAGCUCUUGUCCAAUCAGCUGCUGGCUCCGCCUCUGCCAGAUGGCAGAAUCAGUUCAAACUCUAUUCUGCUGGCUCAGUCUGUCCUCCACGAGCUGCAGGGCGAGAGCUGCUCCCCGACCGAACUCUUCUAUCAGGGAAACGCUCAGAGCAUCCGCGAGUGGCUGACGGUGGCCAUCAGCAGAGCCCUGCAUCAGGGAGAGGACAGCCUCCUCGAGCUCACUAAACAGAUCUGCUGCUUCCUGCAGAGCGCUCCAGAGCAGUUCACACUGGAAGAGUUUCCCAUCUCAGAGUCCAAGGUCAGCAUGGACGUGAACUUCCCUGGCGCCGCCUUUGUGGUCGUCUCUUGCAAAGAGAGCCAACUCAGCUGCCGCAAAGACAGUGUAUCUCCCCCUCCUGGUGCAGUGCUGGUAUUGCAUUCGUUGCCUCUUGAGUUUCCCUUGGCCAUGGCCUUUGCUGAACAGCUGCUAACCUACACCAUAGGGGAAACCAUUGACCGCUCUGAGGAUGAGCUGGACACUGUGCCCACUUCUGUGCUUAUGCAGGUUGUAGAGUUGCUGGGUGGGCUUCUGUGGACCACUGAUCUUGCGCCGUGCAUCAAGGAGCUGAUCUUCCACUUGCUUGCAGAGCUUCUCCGCAAGAUCCACGCCUUCGAGCGUCGCAAAACCCCCUCGGGGCUGUCUAGCCACAUUACAUUGCUUCUCAACCCUUGCCUAACAGUCCUUAUGGUUCUUCAAUCCGAGCUACGAAAACUUUACGACCACGAGACCCAAAGUUGGGGGCUAGUUAGCGGAGGUUCCUGCACUUCCGCAGCGGGUAGCAGCGGAGCGCUUGCGCUCGUCACCGAGCGGAGCCGCUUCUCGACCUACUUCCAUGCCCUGAUGGAGGUGUGUCUGGCAGUCGCCGAAGUGACUCUGCCGCUCAGUACAGGUGCAGGGAUUUCGGCGGUAGGCGCCCCUUCAUCCACGAGCACCGCUAACUGUAGCGAUUCCUCGUCCUCUUCGUCGUCCUCUCCGGGCCAGACGCCCCAAAGUCCAAGCUUGCUUUCAAAGCGCAAAAAGGUGAAGCUAAAGCGUGAACGGGCAGCGGUAGCCGUUACUUCGGCAGCUGCCGUCUCAGGGAAACAUGGUUCUGGAAGUGGAGCGAGACCAUCAGAAUGUGACAGUGCUUUACUAAACAUGGCCGGAGGGAAGCCAGAGGACAUGCUGUGGUUUCACCGUGGGUUGACGUUACUCUUGAUUUUGCGGCACCUUGCUAAAAAGGACCCGCAAGGUCUGGGCGUCACUGAAGAUGCGGUUGCAGAUGCUUGCCAAGCCUUGGUUGGCUCCACCGCUCACAGUCGUUUGCUCGUGCUCUCAGGAAUCCCCACUCACUUAGAGGAAUCUGUGGUGCGCAAUGCAAUCCGAAGGGCUUGUAACGCGCACGGCGGUCUCUUCAAGGAUGAGAUCUUUAUUCCGGUUCAGGAGGAGGACCCUAAAAAAGCCAAAGCUGAAACUUCAGGUAUUCCCCAAGAUGCAAAGCGAGAUUGCACUGCAGGAAGCCCAAAUAGCAACAGCGCAAUGCCAGCAAUGAGUGCCUCGGCUUCAGCGAUCCAGACGUCGGUCUCCGGCUCUUUACAGGGAGCUUCCAGGGCUGCCGGUGAACUGCUAGUGAACCAAGAGCUGGUAACCCCUCAAACAGCACCUUCCCAGCCACAUGCACCGCUGGAUCCCCACACGGUCUCCAGUCAGGAGAGUCUGGAUGUGUCUCUUUGUAGCACAGGAAGUCAAGGUAGUCUCGGCAGCAUUGGGGAGCAGUUGGAUAGUGGUGCGACGUCAGUCUCAGAUGGGAGCUCCAUGUACACAGUUGCCUCGCCAGACAUCCAUGCCAGUGUGACACGACCAAUCAAAGGCUAUGCUGUCAUAGAGGUAAGGGCCCGGGCCCAAGUAGAGAAGAUUCGGGCCAGUCUUUUUAAUAGCAGUGAUCUCAUUGGCCUUUCCAAUCUGGAAAGAGAGGAGGAGCUAAUGGAGAUGACCAAUGAGGAGAUCCUCACCGCCUCCAGUGUAAAUCAGAGUUUAUUUGACACACAAGGGAGUUCUGCCCUGGAGGAGUACUUCCUUGACAAAUCGAUCAGAGGAGAUAAAUUGGUUCCUGAAGCACGUGAUGUGCUGACAGACAUCUUUAAGAGCUGCAUUUACGCAGAGCAGGUGCUGAGUCCCGUACCAACAAAACCAGUGAAAGUAUCGGACAUUUAUCUGAGCAAAGAGCAGAUCAACUCUCAGACACCAGGAAACCUGCUCCACCUGUUUUUUACACAUGUGCGGCCUCCCAAGAAGGUGCUUGAUGACCAGCUCACUCAGAUUCUUCGUAAAUAUGGCACAGUAAAGCCCAACAAGAACAAGCACAGCAAGGCAGGCAAAGAGCAGCACCAAGGCAAAGUGGUCAGCACAAAAAGACCCAUCACCAAACCCCCGACCAAAGAGAAGUCCAUGCUGAACAGUGUUAGAACUGUACUAAGUGAGAAAAAAGCAGUCCUUAAGUCAAAAUCUCCUGAGAAGACCAAGCCCGAUGAAAAAGACCCUGAAAAGUCUCCCGCCAAAAAGCUUGAAGUGCCAGAAGAGAAGUUUCUGACCCUGGAAGGUUUCCACAAGUUUACUCUAGACAGAGCCAAGCAGGAUAUUCGUAGUGUUUGGCGGGCGAUCCUGGCGUGCGGUUACGACCUGCACUUUGAAAGAUGCACGUGCAUCGACUCCCGACACGCUCAGAAAGCCAGUAGAAAAUGGACCUUUGAGAUGGACUUUGCGCUGGUCCAGUUUGUUAACCGUCUGUGCCGACACCUGGCCAUCACUCCUGCACGCUUGCAUCCACAUGAAGUUUACCUCGACGCCAAGGACACCGCCGACCCCCAAGUCGCAUGCUUAAUAGGCGUUCCAGUGGAGAGUUUGCGUCUGCGGUUUGCUUUGCUGCAGUCGCUCAACAGCACGCUGGAGAGCUUCUUCCUGCCAUUAGUCGAGCUGAGGCUGACACAAACCUAUCAAAACAGCAUCGCGACGCUUCUGUGCGAAGCCAAAGGCCUGAUUUUUUACGACACCAAAGUGACUUUUAUGAACCGGGUGCUGAACGCAAGCGUCCAGCGCACAGCGGAUCACGCCGCGCCUGAGGUCACGCUCGACCCGCUGGAGAUAGUGGGAGGAGAGACGCGUGCAGCAGAGAACACGUACUUCUGCCAGGCGGCGCGUCAGCUGUCCUGCGUCCCGUCGUCUCAGCUGUGUGUUCGGAUCGCCAGCGGAGGAGACCCCACCUACGCCUUCAACAUCCGCUUCACCGGGGAGGAGGUCCACGGCACCAGUCAGUGUCACGCACCGCUUUCAUGCACUAAACACUACACUUCCAACAUAACAGCUGCUCCUUCUGUGAUUAUGCUAAGUGUAUUCUUCAUCACUUCCUGCUUUAAUUCUGAACCCGUCUUCUUGUUCUCCUCGUCUUGUUCACAGUUGCCCGAUGAGGCGGAGCUGGAAGCGUUAUGUGCUGAAGUCUCGUCGCAGAGCCACUUGGGCGAGAGCCCGGAUUCACCGAGCCGUCCCUGCUGCACAUUCACAUACAUCACCAUGACCGGAGAGGAAGUAGAGCUGUGCCACGGAGGAAGUGACAUCGCCGUCAGCUGGGAGAAUAGAGAUGUGUAUGUGCGAGCGGUGCGAGAUCUGCGCCGGCGGGAGCUGCAGAAUGUGGAGUGUAUGUCGGCCGUCCGCGCCGGUCUGGGCUCCAUCAUACCCCUGCAGCUCCUGACCUUACUGAGCCCCGCAGAGAUGGAGCUGCGCACCUGCGGCCUGCCGGACAUCGACCUGGAGUUCCUCAAGGCUCACACCAUGUAUCAGGUGGGACUGAUGGAGACGGACCAGCACAUUGAGUUCUUCUGGGCCGCGCUCGAGAUGUUCACGCAGGAGGAGCUCAGCAAGUUCAUCAAGUUCGCUUGCAACCAGGAGCGAAUCCCCUUCACCUGCCCCUGUAAAGACGGCGGUCCCGACACGGCUCACGUGCCCCCCUACCCCAUGAAGAUCGCCCCGCCUGAUGGGGCAGUGGUAAUGUACCACAGACGUCACUCUCCAGACCGCCGUGGCCUGAACUACCUGCAUUUGAUCCUGAAGAAGAGGAAAGACGGCAUCAAGGAAGUGAUGUCAGACCUGGAGGAGAGUAAGUAUCAGAACGCUGAGCUGCGUCUGUCCAUUUACGGACGAUCCAUGGAUGAGUGGGACAAACUAGCGCUGUGGGCCGUCUCUCACUCCAUCUACUCCGACAACCUGCGUGUCCUCAUGACCGUCUCUCUCACAGCGGUUGUGCAGAAGGUGAACGGUCUGAUUGAGAAGGGAGAGUGCGGACGCUUGUUUGCUGUGGUUCAUUUCGCCAGCCGUCAGUGGAAAGUGACCAAUGAAGACCUGAUCCUCAUCGAAAACCACAUUGAUGCAGCGUGUGGCGACAGCAUAAGAAUGGAGAAGAUUUCCGUAUUUUCUGACCUAGAUGUGAUGAUCCGUGUAAAUUUUUUGGGUGGGGAUGUGAACGUCGUCAUUGUGGAUUUGGGAUGGUUUUGGGAUGUGAACGUCGUCAUCGUCAUCCAAACCUCCAGCUGGGUCCUUAAACAAUUUUAA